CUUCCUUGGCUUGCCUCUCCCUCUCGUGCCUCGAACGCUUGUCCUCCGCCCACCACCACUUUGCGAGAGCGUCUGCGAGGCUGCCAUGACGCCCGUCUGACAAUCAAUGGGACGACACCACCGGACACGCGCUGCUGCUGCUGGACCAGAAUAGCCGCCGAGCAUGUGGGAAGCGGAGGCGUGGGACGCCAACCUCCUGGACCGUCGCGACUCGAGCCAGCCCUACGUGAGUGUUGCGACGGCCACGACGACGCCGACCAUCGACGUGACUGAUGCGCAUCGCCAGCACUGCCCCUCGUACAAACUCCCCGCCUAUGGCACCGUCGAAAUAGGACCCGGCAACUUCAUCACCCUCAGCUCCGACGCCGUCUUCCGCCCGCAAUGCACCACGGUCGCCCAGGGAGUCGAGAUGGGCGGCGAGAUUAGCAUUUCCGACACGCGAGACCCCUUCCACGCCUCCAUCACACCGCAGGCCUAUGCCACGGGCGCCGCGACCGUCGUCGCCUGGAUGCUCGUCAUCAUGCUCAUCAUCACGCCUCGCACCUUCCAUGCCGGGAACGCCUCUGGACGCUCAGGACUCAUGGGGCGACGCGGCAUGAUCAGUGGCGCGUCAGGCGGGGGAUCCAUCAUCGGCGUGGGGAGCCGCCCCUGGCUGCAGAAGGUCGCCGCCCUGACUGUCGCCGUGUCGCUGACCCUCGCAACCGCCGACACAUUCAAGAUUGCCGCGCGCCAGUACAACGACGGCUUCAUCGACGCCAUGGACCUGCGCGACCAGGUCGUGGCCGGCAUCGAGAUCAAGGUCUCACGCAUCAUCUCCGACGUCUUCAUCUGGCUCGCACAGGUGCAGACUCUGAUACGUCUGUUCCCGCGUCACAAAGAGAAGGUCAUGAUCAAAUGGGUCGGUUUUGCCCUCAUCCUGCUCGAUAUCACGUUCAGCUGCCUCAACAGCUUUGGUCCCUACGAGAACAACACACGCCCCACCCACUUCGACACUGCCAUUCCCGCGUUGAGCUACCUCUUCCAGUUAUCACUCAGCAUGUUGUACGCCGCCUGGGUCAUGUACUACGCCGUCACCAAGCGUAGGUACGCCUUCUAUCACUCCCUGAUGUGGAACAUGACUGUCGUCGCCUUUCUGGCCAUGGUGGCCAUUCUUACGCCGGUUGUUUUCUUCAUUACCGAUAUUGCAAAUUAUACCAUUGCCGGCUGGGGUGACUACUUUCGCUGGGUGGGUGCUGCAGCAGCUAGCGUCAUUGUGUGGGAAUGGGUAGAACGGAUCGAAGUUUUGGAAAGAGAAGAACGAAAAGACGGGAUUCUGGGAAGAGAAGUUUACGAUGGGGACGAUAUGCUUGAGACGACACCAUCCUCCAACUCACACUGGCCGCACAAACGCCAGAGUCAACUCCCCGAAAAGGAGACAAAGAAGGGCGGAGACGGAGGAGACGGUGGAUUUGCCGCUUUCACGUCAGCCCAUAAAACCCAUUUCGACAAUUUCACAAGGAAACUAGGACGAAGAAUGAACGACACCCCGAAGACAGAGGCACGCAAGAAGCGGAGCAUCCACAUCCCCGCCCCAGCGCCGGUUCAUCGUCGAUCUGAGUCUGCCAACCCUGGUGAUCGAAGUUCGCGCCAAUAUAUGCGCAUGCCCAACCCGCCACCAGUCCCGAUCAUAUCUUCCCCCGUCAGUAGAACCGACACUACGAGCGCAGAUUCGACGGUGUACACUGUUCGGUAUCACCCUAUUUGUGUGACGCCUCCAUUCAGACAGCCCACGCUUAUUGAAGAUCGAGCAACACUUGACACCGCGCAACACAACCCACAAGAACCCACAAAUCAACCAGCCAACUACGAGGAUCCUGAGAAAGGCGGCGAUUCAGACUCGAAUGCGAUCCCCAGCAGGAGUAAGUGGCAAUGGCAGGCAGUUGCGAAUCCUUUCCGGCGAAAAGGACGUUUGCCACCACCCGAGCUACAAAGGGGUCGUGUCAUCGAACCUCUUGGAGUCGAGGAUGUUGCUGCGAACAUUCCACCCCGCCAUUACAACGGGUUAGCGUUGUCAGAUCGUCUGGGUACCUUUGCCGCACACCAGGGAGAAAAGUUUCGAUCCAAGAAGAAAGCUGGAGCGGCAUCUGAGAUGGACCUCCCUGUAACGAUCGUUCCUGCUCAGCCUCGGGGUCAGACAUGGUCGCCUGAGAUCAUACACCAACAGCAGCAGGCAAGACAAGAGGAGAUCUCAGCAACUGCAGGGAUCCAUCUUGCAAGAAUACCGACUGCGAUCGAGGAAGAGGACCAUCUGCCAUCUCCACCACCUACAGGUGAGACGGUUGGUUCCAGCAACCAACUCUCGUCUUCUUCUCUCCUGAGUUCUCCCCGUACUCCCCGUACUCCACGCAUACAAUUCGUCCCCUUGGGUGUGGAGAUGGCGCCAGGCGAGGAAGCCAGGACACCGACAAGCCACGAAAGAUAACGUGGGCCAAAUCUUCUCUUUUAUGUUUUUCUUUGUCUGUGUUUGAGAGGGCGUUCUUCGUUAGCACGCUUAUACCCCGUCUUUCUUUACGGCGCAUUGGUGAUGGGGCAUUGAGUGGAACGAAGCGUUGGCAAGCAUGACAUGUCUCACUUGUUGUAGCAUUGGCAUGGUAUGGCUCGGCGUAUUGUUUGGCUUACCCAAAAGGUACUUCUUGGAUACCCCGCUGGAUUAUGAGAUUCAGCUUUGAUAUUUGGAGGAGAGGAGAUAUUUAGGAUAUGGAUCUAUUAUUGGAAUGUUGUAGUAUACUGAGAAGGAUCGAUCUGAGGAUUGUGAGUAGAGUCUGUUAGCUAAGAAUCUAAACAAGCAUUUUGAUCAACC